AUGGACAACAACAGCGCGCAGGACGGCCCGGCACCAGACUCAAAUCCUCGGGCGCUCGCAAUGUUUCCAGGGAAGGGUUUAGCGACAAAAAAAAACGUGCGGUACGGCAAGGCGACGGCUAGGAUGGCUGGCAACUGGUUUUGUGCUGCUUAUAUAAGGAUCAGGUCACUGUCCGAGGCGCGGUUCGCCCAAGGUUUGACCUGGACUUGUCAAUGGGCAGUGGGCAAAGGCCGAAAGCUCGCUCGCAGCAAUUGGGGGUUGACAAAUGCAGAGAAGCGCAUGUACGAAGAGUACACACACGCGCACACACACAUGGCCAGACGCCUCCGCCUGCGCCGCGCACUCGAACUCGACCGCAGGUGGGCCGGCUGGUUUCCAACCUGGCGGUUCGGCCCAAACAGAGAAUGGAUAACUCCAUGUCGACGAUGGGCAGGACAGACUCCUCCCGUUGCCUGUCUGUUUCGGAUGCUCCGAUAUCAGCCAUGGCCUCAUCAGCACACACGCGGAAGUGCACAACAUGGGCACACAGGGCAUGCCAUGCGCGGGAGCAAGAGAGAGCUCGGAUCUCUUCCGCCAGCGCGCACAUGGUCUUUGAAAGACUGGAUACGUAUACACGACCGAAGGCAGCAACAUCAAGAGUUCCAAAACGCGCAAGACAUCAAUCAAGAUUCCCGAUGCGAAAAGCAACGAAGGAAUUUUCCGGACCUCGCCCAGACGCGCUAUAGUAACACGUGCUGUAAGUACACAAUGUACUGUUGGUCAACAACAGUGUCUGUAGCUGCGUGCUCUGUACGGAGCGCAGUCUGCGUGCCUAUUUGUGCACAGCUAGGCCCAGAUGGGUCAUGGCUCGUCGGCAUCCCUCGGGGUCUGGACCCCCCCCCCCCCCCCACCUCUGGCUGUCGUCGAACUGGUGCUGCUGCUCUCUUUGAGUCUUUUUCUGCCCUCGGCCGACGAUUUUUCUGCCCAGCCUCCCAAGGAAAGAUUGCUGCUGCCCGCCCUAGUAGCCGACCUGCUGGGACGCCACGCCAAUGUACCCACGAAAACAGACAGACUCUGUGCACCAACUUCGUACCUACACUGCCAGACUGUUGUUCUCUCUCGCCGCCCGAUGCCGAACCGGAGAGCCUCUUCUUUGACGGUGAGUCGUAUCUGCGCUGCAUCGAUGACGCUCAAGUCAAAUGA